UGGUUGCUCGGCAACGCGCCGCUUCCCGGCAACGUCGGCCGGGGCGGGAGUGGGAGGAUGAACGUGCAGCAGCUGGUGCCCCUGGCUCUGCCCCGCGGGCGGCCGCUGAGCUGCGAGCUGUGCGGGGGCCCGGCCCAGCUGCGCUGCGGAGCCUGCCGCGUCACCUACUACUGGAAAGCCAAGUUCGACACAGAUACAGCAUACCUGACUCCGUGGAUUUACUUUGCCAGUUGUGCAUUUGGAACACAUGACAUUAGUACAUCUGGAGGUUAUUUCCACAUGGCUAAUGUGUUCUUUCGUCAGAACAAGAUGGACAUUGCAGACUCACUAUACACUGAGGUAACUGAUAUCUGGCAUGCCCAUUUCAGUAGACUGAUUCGAGUCCAAUCACAAACUCUCACGUCUCCAGCAGAAAUUAAUAUAUUGUCUGAAGAAGAGGAAAUCAGUGAAGAACCUCUGAAUGAAGCUCAGCAAGCCGAAGCAAGUCAAGUACUGAACGCAAUAUUAGAUAUCAAAGAACAGGCACCAAAGCAACAACCUGCUAAAACUGCCAGCGUUGUACAUGCUCUCGCAAUGCUUCAUUACUUGAUCUUGGAUUUACCAAAGGCUCAUGAACUUGGGAUGAAAGCUUUUCUAAUAGCCAAACAGCUGCCAAACCAAGAUGCAUCAGAAGCUAUUCAUAGUCUAUUAAAAUUGAUUAAAUCCAAACUUUGCUACACAAAAUAGGGUCCAGUUUCUUCACCUCUUUAUCUUUUCAACUAGAUGGCAUUAUGAACGUCAUACUUUUGCCUGCUAUCACCUGUCUAGAAACAGUCUCUGUAUAUUUGUUUGCUUUUAUUAAAAUUACACUUUAUGCCA